AUGGCCGACUUUACGAAGCUGUCCAUCUUCGGCACCGUGUUCGAGGUGACUACGCGGUAUGACAAUUUACAGCCGGUUGGAAUGGGCGCAUUUGGCCUUGUGUGCAGUGCCAAGGACAAGCUGGCGGAUACGUCGGUCGCGAUCAAGAAAGUGAUGAAGCCGUUCAGCACGCCUGUGCUCGCCAAGCGUACAUACCGCGAGCUCAAGCUCCUGAAGCACAUCCAGCAUGAAAAUAUCAUAAGCCUGAGCGACAUUUUCAUUUCCCCGUUGGAAGACCUGUACUUUGUUACGGAGCUCUUGGGGACCGACUUGCACCGCCUGCUCACGAGCCGUCCGCUGGAGAGGCAGUUUGUACAGUAUUUUCUGUAUCAAAUUCUCCGCGGGCUCAAGUAUGUGCACUCUGCAGGCGUCGUCCACCGUGACUUGAAGCCGAGCAACAUUUUGAUCAACGAAAACUGCGACUUGAAGAUCUGCGACUUUGGACUCGCGCGCGUGCAGGAUCCACAAAUGACUGGCUACGUGUCUACGCGGUACUAUCGCGCGCCUGAGAUUAUGCUCACAUGGCAAAAGUACGACGUGGCUGUGGAUGUGUGGAGCGCGGGAUGCAUCUUUUCCGAAAUGCUCGAAGGCAAGCCACUCUUUCCUGGAAAAGACCACGUGAACCAGUUUUCAAUCAUCACCGAGCUGCUCGGUACGCCGCCAGACGAGGUGAUAAACACGAUCUGCAGCGAAAAUACGCUCCGUUUUGUUCGAUCCUUGCCCAAUCGCGAGCGCGUGAAUUUCCGCGAGCAUUUCCCAAAUACGGACCCUGAGGCGCUUGACUUGCUCGACAAGAUGCUUGUGUUUGAUCUGAACAAGCGCAUCACCGCCGCCGACGCACUCUCACACUCCUACCUUGCGCCGUACCAUAACCCUGCUGACGAGCCGGAAGCGGACGAGACGUUUGAUUGGAGCUUCAACGAUGCGGACCUGCCCAUCGAUACGUGGAAAGUAAUGAUGUACUCUGAGAUCCUAGACUUUCAUAACAUGGACGAGCAAGGCCUCGAGACGAAUGGCGCUGCUGCCCAGGCAGACCCAAUGAGCUCCACUCCGUAG